UUGUCUCUUUUUCCUUUCCUUCUUUUUAAGAAAUACCAUUUUGUUUUGAGACAGAGAUGUGUGUGUCCCAGUCUGCUGAAGAUGGCCUUGAGCUUCUGAUCGCCCUGCCCUCCACCACCACGCCAGUAGUUUUAUAUCUGUGGAUGUUUCUACUGACAUGGAGAAGAUUGAGGACCAGUUUGCUAACCUGCAUAUUGUUAGACGGUCCUCGGAACCAAAAGAGCCCACUUACCUGCUUGGCAUAGACACAUCAAAGACAGUACAAACAGAAAAAGGAGGCUUGGUUGCUGUUUUGUGUUCAAAUGGGUCCAUAAGAAUAUAUGAUAAAGAGACACUUAAUCUGCUACGAGAAUUUAGUGGCUCUCCUGGUAUUCUUAAUGGAGUCAGAUUUGCGAAUUCCUGUGACAAUGUCUAUUCUGCAAGCACAGAUGGCACUGUAAAGUGCUGGGAUGCUCGGUUAGCUAGUGAAAAGCCUGCGCAGUUGUUCAAGGGUUACCCUUCCAAUAUUUUUAUCAGUUUUGAUGUCAACUGCAAAGAUCAUGUCAUUUGUGCUGGUGCAGAGAAAGUUGAUGAUGACGCGUUGUUGGUAUUUUGGGAUGCAAGGUUCACAUCACCGGAUUUGUCUACUAGAGACCCACUUGGUGCCUAUUCAGAGACGCACAGUGAUGAUAUCACUCAAGUGCGUUUCCACCCCAGCAAUCCCAACAUGCUUGUCUCAGGGUCAACUGACGGCCUGGUAAAUGUGUUUGAUCUCAGUGUUGCUAAUGAAGAGGAUGCAUUGGUCGCCACCUGUAACUCCGUUUCAUCGGUGAGCUGUAUUGGUUGGUGUGGAAAAGAUUAUAAGCAAAUUUACUGCAUGACACACGAUGAAGGGUUUUGUUGGUGGGAUCUUAAUCAUCUGGAUACAGAUGAACCAAUUACAUGUUUGAGUAUCCAGGACGUGAGAGAAGUAACUGAUGUAAAAGAAGGGCAUUUGGACUAUCUGAUGGGUGGCCUGUAUCAUGAGAAGAUGGACAGAUUGUUUGUUAUUGGAGGGACCAACACCGGAAAGAUUCACUUACUGAGCUGCACGGCGGCAGGGCUGACCCACGUGACCAGCCUUCAUGGGGGCCACGCAGCCACCGUCCGUUCUUUCUGUUGGAACGUGUCCGAGGAUUCUUUGCUGACUGGAGGAGAAGAUGCACAGCUAUUGCUUUGGAAACCUGGAGCAAUGGAGAAGACCUUCACAAAGAAAGAUAGCUUGAAAAUCGCAUCCUCUGUGCAGCAGCGAGUUCGAGUCCACAGCAGCGAUUCUUACAAGAAAAGGAAACAGCAGUGACGUCAUGCUGGGAAUUUGAAAAGCUUUUUCCAUUUUAAACCAUUUCUUGCUACCUAUAGCAAAUCUUUUUAAAACUCGUCUGUAAAAGCAGGCUGUUAGCAAACCCUGCCCCAGACAAAUAUUGAGAACGGUUUAAUUCAGAUUCAGACAUAUUCUACGAUAUUUUUAAAGCUUCCCUUUGCAUAUAAAAACCAGUGACCUGACAGGAAAAUUACACCCCGCAUCUUGAAACCCAUCUGUUGAGUUAGUAAAUGUUAGAUUUGAAGAAAUGGCUCUUCAGUAGAUAGCUGGGGGGCAGUGGCCCUGAAGGGGACUCUUCAGUAGAUAGCUGGGGAGGUAAGGGAACCAGUGGUUUGGGCCGUGGGUUUUAAACCCAGUUUCUUAGGCUUGAAAUGGCACACGUGCUUAUACGGCAUCAGACUGGUCAUCUGAAGAGCUUUCACCCCCUCGCUGUGCUCACUGCCUCACCUCAAGUCUUUGAAAUCGUAGUGUUUGAGUGUGUCUGAGUAGAAGUUUUUUAGGAAUGAAGUAUAAUAUUUUCCUAAAAUGAGAAAAAUAUAUUUGGUAAUUACUUGUGUCUGUACUUUAUUUUUUUUUAAGUUAAUCGUGAGCAUCUGUAAUUUAACACACUAUAUUUACACUUGGUUAGCAAGCACCCAGGUACUAUGCUGAUGAAAGAAGAAAUUACGUUGCUAGAUUCAUUUUGAGACUUAAUGUAAGAUAGGCAAAAGGAAAUACAACAACAGGGCUACUUUGUUUCAAAAUAACCCUUCAAAAAUAUAUGAUUAAAUAUUC